GUCAUCUACAUGUAGAUCAUCUACACUGAUGCUAGCAGCACACGUCAUGCUCACUUUAUGUAUUUAGAAACUGAUAGAAUUAGACGUCAGCGCAGUUUUCCCCACGCGAUCUCCAGAUGGACCAGCUCCUUGCGCUUCGUUGCGAGCCCGGUGUAAAAUUAGUUUGCGCUAUGGUUUUCUCUGGCGGUUUUAUUCCGUCUUGCGUUCGUGUAGCUCUGUCGUGUGUUUGCAUCGGCGCAGGCAGAGAUGGAUAUCAGUAGUGGAAUAUUCUACUUUCUGCUUGCGAUUGCGUCGCUCGCGUUCCUCUAUCUGUUUCGGAAUGUGAUCGGACUGUUGCGAAAUGCCCUAGUCCUAUGGACGGUGGCUUUCGGGGGUUCCGCACAAAGUCGCAGCUUGGCAUCAAGCCAUCGAAUGCACGCGUACGUCGCUCUCAGCGAGCUGCUGGACGAAGUGAGCUACGCCGAGCUGUAUCACCUGUGUCGUGGCAUGAUGGAUGUGGAUGGCAAAGAAUCAGCGAGUGAGGGCAUUGGGAAACUACAGGAUGUGGUGCUUGGCUACAAGUUUGUGUCGCUGUACCGAGAUCGUGUGGACGGCUCGCUUCGUGGCAUGAUGCUACUGGACGAGAAGGACCAGGAACACGACGGUCGUGACAUAGUAGUCUUUACACUGGGUCUGGCACUGUUCAAGCAGCAGUACAGGGGCGGCGCUCUGCCCUAUGUGUUCGCCUUGUUCCGCAUACUUCGCAGCUUGCUGCUGCACCCGCAACGCGAGAUAUAUGUGCUGACGAAGCUGUUCAGCUACAAGAGUUAUCUAAUAGCCAUGAACAGUUCGUCAGAGGCAUAUCCACGGCACGAUGCAGAGACGCCGGCAUUCGAGAAAGGCCUCAUUGACAAGUUUGGCUACUCGCUGGAGACGAGCACGGGAAAGUACAAUGCGGAAACGUGCGUGGUGACGCGCGCGCACGUGCGUCUGGAGCGCCAUGCUGCGCCGAUCAGCGGCGGCUUGCUUAACAAUGCGCACAUCAAGCAUUUCGUGACGCUGAACCCGGAGUGGAAUCAGGGUCACUGCCUGGUUACCUGUGCAAAGGUAACACCGUGGACGUUCAUCUCGAUGACAGUCAAAUCAGCUUUCAGAGCUAUGUUCACGCAUGGCAAUCGGCAUGCCAAUAGCAGCGGCAAGUCAGCUGCUAGCGCCAAGGCUAGGGGAUUAUUGAAGCGUCAGAUCAGCGAUGCCGUCCUUAACCCGUGCGUGUAUAGCUCGAGUUUCGGUGACUCAAGCUCGUUCAUUGUGACUAGUGCUGUCGAGUCUAUGGACGAGAUCUAAAGCAAACACGAGAUGUGUGCUAUGGCAUGCCAUUGCGGCGCUGGCCGAAGUGGAAGUGUCUGCAUACCGGCGGCGGUGGCUCGAUGCCAGUAGGCGUACAUAUUGGCAUUUGUCGUGUGUAUGUGCAAUCGCGUGUACAUGUACAUGCUGCGAUGAUAUUGGCGUGUGUUUGCAGUCCAACACAUCCACACACAGACGGCACGAAUUUGCUGCCCGUUUGCUGCAUCCAGGCCAGAUUGACUUGUUUUGUUGCUGCGGCUUGAGAAAAUCAGACAUGCCAAUUGGAGCGAAUCAUGAGUCGAGUGAUCGCCGAAUUGUUCAUGUGCCACAAUAUGUGGCUUUAAAAGAAAAGACCGUUUUGACUUUGAAGCUAGCAUUAUACUACUGUAUUCAUAGAAAUUACAAAAAAAAUUAUGUUUCUAUGUUCA